AUGUGGGGGGUCAAAGCCGCGGCCCGCUUGAAGAAACAGCGAGAAAGCACCGUUGGCAAUGUUGAUACAGCAACAAUUCCAGGAUUUUCCAAAUGGUUUGCCCAGGAAGUUAACGUGGAAACUAAACUGAUAAAAUCAAGUGUUGAUCAACUUGGACUGGCUAUGAUGGAGCAUAGUGAAUGGAUUAAUGAGGUUAUGCAUGAAGUGACAAGCUGCUCGGAUCUGAGUGAUUUGUCAUUACUAGAGGAGGACCAGGAAAGACAGCAAGACAAAGACCAGAGUGUGAUGGUGUUGCUAAGGUCACCCGCAAAACUUAGAAGGGUAAGCUCGCCUGUGAGGGACUUAUAUUCACAAGGGGUGGAGUUGAUCCAAGAACAGACGAAUAUAGUGACCCAACACAGCAGCAAGGACAUUGACAACGAAGAGCCAUCCAUGCACGAUUCGCCAGAGCCACAGGUUUCUCCUGUACUUGAAGCUGAAUCAAGCAAGCAAGAUCAUUCGCAAUUGCAAGACAAACUUCCAACUCUGUCUCCUGAGGCCUGCAAACAGCAUGUCUCUGAAUCUCCUAAAAGGGCUGUUUCCGAUAAUGAAGAGUCUUCUGAUCUCUCAUUCGACGCAAUCUCGAAAAACAUUCGCAAAUCGUUUGCUCGCAAAACUCUAAUGCAUGAAGAAUCGUCGCCGAAGGAAGAAUUCACGCGUCCUAUUGCACACGAAACAGCCACCACCACGCCCACUGACUCUGUUCCGAAGCAACGAGAGAAACCCGCUCAAUCACCGGCCGAUGCAUCGGUUCUUCUGGACGAGGGAGAUAUCAUGCUAAGCGACAUUGACAACGACAUUAGCUUCCAAAUUGGAAAACUCGAAAAGAUUGAACUUGCACAGAUAAGGAUACCACUCAAGACGGAUGCGCAAACAAGCAAGCUGCCAAGUGUCAACAAUAGCACUACUCCGAACGCAGGCAGGUCGCCUAUUAAGUUUGCGGAACUGCCAUCGAGAGAACCUCUAAUGAUCAAGCAGGGGAAGAAAAAAUCAAUUAGUAAGGCCACAAACCAGCCAAAGAGGACAACAAAACAGAUUAGAGGACCUACACAACACGUUUUAAGGGAUGAAAACCGGGAUGAACUGUCUCCGUUCAAGGAUUAUGGUUCUUUCAAUUCCAGCAUAAUUAAGCAGCCGUACAACUUGAGGUUGCCCCCAAUUAGCGAUCUGUCGCCAUCGAAUACAGGCAGCAGCGAGUCUACCAUCAACAUCAAUAGAGGGCUGGCUUAUAAGUCUUCUCCACUACAGAACGAACUGUUCAAAUCGCCUCAUAAGUCCCCUUCAAAACAACAUAACGGCUCUCCAAAAAAAUCCCCAAACAAACACGCGCAUUCUAAUCUAUUAUCGCGGCUGAUGGCACCAACUGAAGCCAGUACAAAACGCAGUAAAUUGUCCCCUUCGAAAGAAAACAUACACCUUACGAAGACCCCUGCCCGUCUUGGUAUCGACGAUUCGCGUCAUAAAUCUCAACUACUGAAAUCAAUAAAGUUGGAGAAGCACAGUGAGGUGACAAAAGCGACAGGCUCGCCGUCAAAAAGUAAGUCUUUUAUCCCAACGUCGAAAAUCACCAAAACUCCGGCGGAGAGAUUAACCAACCUGGACAAGAAGAUACAGAAAUCAAAGCUGAGCCAGCUUGAAUUGAAAUUGCCUAAUGAACUGAAUAGGUCAAAACUGCCAUUGACCGAGCAGAUGCUGCAACCGAGCUCAAACAAAUCUCAGUAUGGAGUUGGCUCGCCAGAUGCAAAGAGUCUGAUAGACUUGCAUAAGAAAUUAGAGAAGCGCAAAAAGUCUGAGCAUUUACUGCAAGCCAAAAGGCAGCGUGCGGACAUCAAGCUGAGAAAGAUCUCUGUGAAUCACUCGAAACUAAAUCGUUUACCGGAGCCUGCUACAAAGCCUACGAGUGAGGUGGUGACUUCCAAGCCUUCCAAACCAGUCAUCAUAGACGUAAACGAGCUGCCAGAGAUAAACUCGGAUAAUGAAGAUGAUGAAGCGUCGAAGCAGCUUGCUCCAUGGGGCACAAACGCGAAUAUCAAGCAGCUUCUUAGGCGGCAGGCUAAGACCAAUCCUAGUUCAGUUUUUGGCCAGAUCCAGAAGAUCAAUUGCACAGAAAUUUUUGAAAGAAGCUACUAUGGCAGUCUGAACAUCAAAUGGAACGACAGCGAUGUGUUGGGCCAGAAGGAGACCGAAGAGUACGACCGUAAAAUGGGAUAUAGUUGA